AUGUGGCCGUUGUCGUCAUUCAUUUUAUCCUAUCUGGCUCUGGGGUUUGCGGCCGUCCACGCUCAGUCAGCUCUUUCAACGGUCACGUAUGGGCCUAGCGGUCCUUGUCCAGGGCCGCAAACCACCGAGGUUGUUGUUGUACAGCCAGCCUAUUACAGUUCUUUUUUCCAGUCAGCCUCGCAAAUCAUCAAUGUCUUUGGUAAUGGCGCAACGAUCAACAUUCAGAAUGCCCCGACGACGUAUAUUACAAAUACAUAUAUCACGACCACAAUAGUCACGACCGUCACGAACACAAUAUAUCCUGUGGGAAGCAGCACCACAGCGGUCGCGACAUCAAACACGGCACCAUCAAUGAGCACAUCCGAUUCAGCCUCUAGCAGUGAGAGCUUGCCAAUAACGAGUGACCCGUUCACUACAACGAGUGGUCCGGUCACUACAACGAGUGAUAUCAUAUCCAUACCGACCUCGAGCAUGACAACUUCAUUUGGACCUCCUCCGACAAUUUUCUCGCCCAUUCCACCCCCUGCUGCUACGCCCACACCGCCAGUCACCUUGGUAUAUGUCACUGUUGACUCACAAGGCAACACGAUCACCGUGACCACAGAGCAACCGAAUUUCACAAUUGGGGAAGGACUGGAGAGCGGUACUCAAACUAGUAUACCUUCUACUUCCCCAGUCUUGAUCGCAAUGGCAAUCCCACAAGCAGCAAGGGUGAAGAGACAGGAUCCCACGCCUAGUGAUACCCUCGACGGUCCUCGACCGAAUGGAUUUGGAACUGAGACCGGCGGGUCAGGAAACAACUGUGGCUACGCAGCGAGAUACUAUCUUAGUGAUGGCAAGCUUAUGCGCGGCAACGAUACUGUCGGCCGAAAUCAAACCGACUACGCAGCCAUGCUUGGUGCAGUCCCUUGGCCCAACGAGAUUCAAACAAGGAUUUUCUUCGUCGAUGGCAUCUUGAAGUGGGAGUCUCCGGAUCGAGGCGGCGGUGAAUUUUACCAAUGCGAUGGUGGCCCCUUGUACAUCGGGUUCCCCUACCCUCCGACUCCGAGUUGCUAUAGUAUCAUCCUUGGAGGCAUAGCAGCUGCAAGCUGUCCGGUCGACUUCACUGAUGAUAUAGAAGAUCUGCCUCAGCCCGAUCCUACGUCAACCUCUACCACUGUUUCUCCAACAUCUACUCUGGACCCUACACAGCAACAAACAUUUAGUCCGACCACAACAGACUCAUCCUCUGCCAGUACAAUGACGGAUGACCCGGUGCCUCCAGCGUCAACCACUCCGCCAGCGACUGUUACCCCAGCAGCAUCGACAACCCCUCCUGUUCCUCCGUCAAUGUCAACUACAUCUCCUAUCAUUCCUCCGUCGGCAACGACUUCUCCCGUCGUUCCCCCAUCACCACCAACGUCUCCUGCUACAUCACAGGUGUCCAACACAGCAUCAAUUCCAGGGACGCCAUCUUCGACAGGGACCCCAGCCUCAACCACUUCACCAGUUCAACCUCCCGCGACCACUACAAGUCCAGUUGGGCCGCCAGUGUCUCCUACAACAUCUCCCGUCAUCCCUCCCGUGACAACCACCGAUCCGACUGGACCUCCCAUAUCCCCUACAACUCCCCCAGUAUCUCCUACAACGUCUCCUGCCAACCCUCCUGUGACGGCAACGAGCCCUGUCCAACCGCCCGCAACAACAAGCCCGGUGGUGCCUCCAGUAACGACCACAAGUCCAGCUACACCCCUAGUAACAACGACAAGCGCAGUAUCACCUCCAGUAACAAUAGCUACAUCUCCUGCUGUUCCUCCGGUGACCACAACCACACCAGUCGCACCCCCAGUGUCAACGACGACAACCUCCCCUGUUGCUCCUCCGGUUUCAACGACGACCUCACCUGCGGCUCCUACAACAUCGACUACCUCACCGGCUGCCCCUGGGACCACGACAGGCAUUUCUACUGAUAGCCCCACAGCAACCUCAUUUAGUUCAAGCUCACCAGUAACACCUGCUACGACGGCGAUCACAAAUCCAACAACUCAGCCAACAUCUCCUGCAAUCACGAGUGAAUUAAGCACUACUUCCGUAGUGGUUCCAGCCACCACUAAUCCAGGUACAGUGACAUCCUCUCUUAGUUCGUUGAGUUCAUCCCCGACUCCAAGUACCACGCCCCCUGUUAUCAGCAGCACGAGUGCAGGUAGUGUCCCAGGGACAACUACAAUCUCGCCUUCUGCGCCAACUGCGAGUACUACAACUCCUUCUCCGGGAACAACAACGACAGCUGGAGAUCCCCAAACCACUUCUCUUUCGGCGGGCCCUCCACCAACGACGACAACGAGCAAUGCACCGCAAACCUCAACGGGUUCGAUAAGCCUAUUUCCGUCCACUGCAUCACUGCCUACCUCAAGCACUGGACUAGUGACAAGCACAACUUCGACAAGUCCAAAUGGAGGUACGUCAACUUCAUCUAAUGCCUUCUCAAGUUCAAGUCUUUCUACUUCAACGACAACUAUUGGUGGGUUUGCAUCCACAAGCUUGUCGACUUCGAUGUCGUCAAUCGCGGGCACAACAAGCCCGACCGGAUUCACAACUUCCACAAAUACACCUGGGGGCUCUUCCUCGACGAGUACAUCGAUUUCUACAAGCUCUCCUAGUCCCAGCGCAACCAUUUCAGCGGGAGUCACGACAACAGCAACGAUAAGUCAUAUCUUGUCAUCAUCAUCUUCUAUCGGUCCAGACGGGUCAGCGACAACGACAUCUAUUGUAGGCACAACAUCCAUCACAUCAACAACUCAGAGCUUGUCCACUUCUAUUGGCACUUCGGUAGCAGCAACUACGAGUUCCUCUGUCAGCGCAGCUUCUACGUCUUCUCCAGGUACGUCGACAGCCACUACAUCCACAAGCCUAUCGAAUCCAUCCUCUGCCUCGUCGUCAACUUCAAGUGGAAUGUCAAAUGGCAGUGCUGCGAGUACCUCCUCGACUAGUAUCACGAGCUCAGCGCAUGUCUCCCCAAGUUCAUCAUCAGCGUCAACCACUAGCAUUACGGGUCUAAGCAGUUCUACAAGCACGGCCUCAGCCUCGUCUACGUCCUCAGAUAGUGCUACCCAGACCACGAUCUCUACGACAUCCAGCUUUGAAAGCUCGUCGACUACCUCAUUUUUGACCACUCCCUCGUCGAGUUCUACAAGCAUAACUACAGUCGCUUCAACAGAUACCUCGACGACCAGCUCGGUUUCCGCAACCACUUUGUCUACUUCGACGGUAUCACCAACAGUGACCGCGUCCCAACCCGACUACGUGCGACUGGCUUCCACGCAAUAUGUCCCGAAUCCAUCAGUUACAAAUGCCGGUACAGGAACCCUCUGUGCCGGAUGGAACGUUGCGCAAACCCAAGUUUCCUUCCCGAUAUACGGCGGCGAUUACAAUUUGGCAAAGGUUGCACUGGCCAACAACCCCACUUCGGUGUACGAAAUCGAAUGCUACCAGGAUCCGAAAAACGGCGGAGGCUCACUGCAAACAAGCAUUCCCAGUGUACCCUCUCUGGACCAUUGCCUGGACCACUGUAACACAGCUGGAUCCGUUACAUGUCAAGCGGUAAUCUAUAGAAAGGAUACCAGCGCCUGUGAGAUAUACAAUGCACAGCGGACUCUGACUCCGAACCCGAUGGUUUAUAACGGCCAAGGCGCGAGAUUAAUCACUUCUGUCAACCCACAAGUCAUCAGUGGAUCAUACCUGCUCGUUGCUAACCCGUCAUUUAAUCUCGGUCUAUGCGAAGGUCCGACGGCCAGAAAUUACGAUAAGUCCAUGAUUACGGUCUAUAACCAAACAAACACACUCCGCAACGCACCUGGUAAUCGCCAAGAUACUUUCCGAGUGGACUGCAACGGUAACACAUUCUUCUCGUCAAUCAGUACACCCCAGACAAGACAAGAUCAUGUCGCCAUUGCCGCUCGCUUCGGAUUGACGCCAUCAAACGCUGAUGAUUGUGCCCGACUCUGCCUCUGGCAUAACGUUUGGAGUGGCGACGGCAAUCCCACCUCGACUAUCAAUUGCCGAAUCUGGCACUGGACCACAGGCCACGCUUGUGAGAUGUACUCCGAUCGGCCUGGAUUGACGCAGACGCCACUCAGCAACGCCUCGGUGUUGGUUGCGGGCUAUUCACGCUCCAGUACGGGCAGCGAAUACUUGGCCAGCAGUGUCAAUGCGUACAAGCGCUCUCUCGAACCCUACCAAGGUGAAGACCGGCGUUCCUCCAAGAGAGGCACGAGAAGCAAGAGGGGCAAGAAGUCCAGAAAUCUCCAGCCCGUCCCCAUCGUCGACCCAAAUCCGACAGCCAUGGAGCCACAUGUCAUCAUCCCCUUCACCAGGCGCUGA